AUGGACUUUGUGAUCCCUCUACCGAGAUCUCGUCGAGGGAACACUGCCUUGUUGCUAUGGCAGUGCUCGUUUACUGGAUUUGUGAUCGCUAAAGCGAUGUCGGAUACCGAUGCCCUGACAGUGGCCAAGGUGUUUGAAGAAGGCAUCUACAGACGAUAUGGUGACCCGUCCCUUUUUCGUCAUGACCGAGAUCCACGCUUUAUGAGCGAGGUCUUCCAAGCUUUCGCUGAGUUAAUUAAUACAAGGUCCAGGUCGACGCUGAGCUAUCACCCACAAGCGCAUGGACAGCAAGUGUGGUCGGUCAAGAUCGUGAUGCAGUCUGUCAAGGUCUAUGUGGAAGACCCGUUGCAGCAAGACUGGGAUGAGAUCGCUGAGCGAACUGAGGCACUAGCCUGGUGGCGAGAGAUUAACCGCCAGCAGCAGAUCGCUCUCGUAAUGGCUAAAGAAUACCAAGCGGUGGAGAAGGCCCGACGUGCAAGAAUUCACAACGAGAAGCUCAGUCGCAAAGAGCAAGCUGCAGUAUCAAAAAGUGUGAACGAUGACGCGCCUGACGUUGACUCGGAACCGAAGUCUCUAUUUCGACCUGGAAGCCGA